CGGAAGCAAGGACGCCCAUGGUGGCGAAGGCGGCUAAUCUCGGUUUCGUGUUGUUCUCCGGCGAGAAAGGCACUUCCGUGGCUGCUGUCCACCUGCUGCGACGUCGGCGAGCCCCGCCGCGACAUCGCCGCCGAGCUCAAGAACGUGAGCCAGAAGCUGAAGGCCAUCCUCAAGGAGCAGCGGCAGCUGCAGCUCCAGCUCCAUCCAUCCGUCGCCGCCGAUCACACCGCCGAUGCACGGAGAGUUCUGAGACACCGGAAGUCCGAACCCACCGACAUCGACAUCGUCGGCGCAGCAAUGGAGGAAGACGCGCGCCGCCUCAUGCGCCGGCUGACGCGUCUGGACGGCGGCGGCGCCGGCGCCGGCGUCGUGGCCAUCUAUGGCCCCGACGGCAUUGGCAAGACCACGCUGGCGAGGGUGGUGUUCGACAGCGAGAGGGUGAAGCGGAGGUUCCAGACAAGGGCAUGGGUGCACGUCUCCAGGUGCUACGUCGACGCCGGCGAGCGAGAGGCCGCCCUGCUCUCGCAGGUCGUCGAGGCCAUCGACGGCGGCGACGGCGCCGUGACGACGGGCACCGAAACCGCCGCCGACCUGGAGGCAAUGCUGGCCCGCCUGGUGGCGAGCAAGAGGUUCCUGCUCGUGCUCGACGAGGUGAGGAACGGCGGCGAGUGGGAGGAGCUGCAGUGCUUCCUGUACUGCUCGCUCUUCCUCUCGGACUUCGCCGUCGACAGGAGGUCGCUGGUGCAGCAGUGGAUCGCCGAGGGCUUCGUGCAGAUCAGGGGAGACGCCGCCGUCGAGGAGGUCGCCGACGACUACUACGACGAGCUCAUCGGAAGGAACCUGCUCCAGCCGGCGGAGGCUGACCGGCACGGCUGCGUCGAGCGGUGCACGAUGCACGACAUGCUGCGCUCCAUGGCGCAGGCGCUCUCCCGCGGCGAGAACUUCACCGGCGAUGCGCAGCGGCCGCCCGACGACGGCGACGGCGACGCCUCCUUCGCGCCACGGCACGUCUCGCUCCCGAGAAACCACCUGGGUGCAAUACCGGAGGAAGUUCUGAAGCUGGAGGGAGUAAGAACGCUGCUGCUGCAGAGAAAUCCACUGACAAUUGAGAGCAACAUCUUCACAAGGCUGCUUCAUCUGAAAGUCCUGGACCUCACCGAAACUGCAAUGGAGGUCAUUCCAGAGACCUUGGGGAAUCUGUUAUACCUGAGGUUCCUGAACUUGUCCAACACAAGGAUCAAGGCGCUUCCAGAGACCAUUGGCAACCUGUGGAGCCUCAAGUUCUUGCUGCUAAGACAGUGCAAGGCAUUGCAUGUUCUGCCAAAAGGCAUAGAGCAUCUGAAAGGGCUCAGAGACCUUGACCUGACAGACACUGUGAUCAGCGACGCGGCAUUCAGGAUUGGCCAUCUGAGGAGCCUCACAUCGAUCCGGUGCUUCACCGUGGCGAGCAAAGAGGAGCGCGGCACAAAUGACAGGAGCGGGUGGCCUCUGGAUGAGCUCAAGAACUUGACCCAGCUAAGGACACUCCAUGUAAAGAAGCUUGAGAAGGCCACCAGUCACUCUGAGGCAGCUGAAGUGGCUCUCCUUGUCAAGACAGGACUCAGAGAGCUUGAACUGUCCUGCAGUGGCACUGUCAAGACGUUCCAGAUACCGACUGCGGUUCGAAACAUCGAGGAUAUCUUCCGAGAGCUGAAACCACCACGAUGCCUCGAGUCGCUGAAGAUUGUAAACUAUUUUGGGACAAAGUUUCCAACAUGGCUGUCAUCGAUCUGUCUGCCGAAUCUCAUCCGUCUAAAUAUAACUGGAUGCAACUUCUGCCAAUCUUUUCCCCCGUUAGGUUGUCUGCCAGAGUUGAGAUCUUUGUGCAUUGCCGAUUCUUCAGCUCUAAAGGAUAUUGAUGCUCAGUUCAUGGACACAGACCACUCCCAUAAGGUACCAUUUCCAAAGCUGGAGGACCUGCACUUCCAAGGGCUGCAUAAUCUGGAGACAUGGACGAGCAUCGAGGCAGGAGCAUUGCCAUGUCUGCAGGCUAUGCAGCUUGAGAGUUGCCCCAAGCUGCGAUGUUUACCUGAUGGCCUCAGACAUGUGACAUCCAUGACUGAGCUGCGCAUAGUGGACAUGGAGAGCCUUGAGGCUGUUGAGAACAUUGCUGCAGUGAGGGAAUUGAGCAUUUGGAACACCCCCAAUCUGAAGAGGGUAUGUAACUUGCCUUCCCUUGAAGAUCUUGACAUAUGCCAUUGCCCGUCGCUGGAGACUGUGGAGAACAUCAACAAGCUGCAAGAGCUGCACAUUUUCGAUCAUGAAUUGCAGGAGAUGCCAAGAUGGAUUGAGACACAUGCACCGAAGCUUUCCUCACUGGAAUUCAUGAGCACGACUAACCUGUUGAAGAGGUGCUUGGUUGAUGGUCCGGACUGGCCUAUCAUCAAGGACAUUGUACAAGUCCAUGGAUACUCGAACGACUCUAGUUAUAUAUACUAUUCCAAGAACCUCAACUUCUUUGAGGGCAGUGCGAGCAUUCUAGAGAGCCUUGAUGCAGAAGAGUGUGUAGCAGAUUCUGGUGAAGUUGACGAUAUAUCAAUGGACAGAAGAAAAAUUUAUCAAGAAGAUGGACCGGUUUCAUCUCCAGGUACCAGUACUUCAGAAAGAAAUGGCUUCUUCGACCAAAUAUCAAUGCAGACAGAAACUGCCAGGAGCGAAGACAAUGCGCCGGAUAUGAAUUUUGAGAGGUUCAUGACAAGACCCACUAGCCACCGAUUGCCGAAGCUGGAAGAAGUCCCUGAAGAGGAUGAGGACGAGGAAGGUGCAGAUCCAGAAGUUCUGGUUCCUGUUGAUACAACUAAAUCUGACACAGUACCAGAGAAACUUCAUCGUAUUGAUACUCAUGUUGAUAAUGAUAAAGCGGGAUCCAAGGUGAAAAGGGAUGCUCCUACUGAUGAUAAAAGCCUUCCUGAAACAGUCAAACACAUACCUAUGAAAGUAACAAAGAGUAAUGAGAAUAAGUCACCUGAUAGUUUGGCUUGUUCCAGGCAAAAAAUAAGCAAGAAGGAAAAGGAUGCUGCUGCUGAUGCUGAUACUCUGACAGUUGCUAAUUGUCCAUCUACAACAAUCACGGAGAGUCAUCCUGACAAAGUAAAUAAGAUCACUGCUUCUGUUACUGCAAUAAAAAAUGAUGAUUCAAUACCAGAACAUACACCAGGCAAAGAAGUACCAACGAAAUCUGCUGGUGCCAACCAUCAAGGUUCACAAACAGUACCUGUUACUGAAACUGCUCAAGAUUUGCAUUCCAGUUUACACCACGGUGAGCCACAGUUACCAGAUUUUGUUGACGAUACCUGUACUUCUAUCAGUGACAAUCGUGAUGAAACAGAUAGCAACAACACAAGUUUGCCAGCCAACUUAAAUCUUGAAGAAUCUAAAGCAAGCGUUGUUGCCAAAACUUUGGCCUGCAAGCAACAGACUGCUGAUCCAGGUGAUGGUGCAGACACAUCCAUCAAGAAACUGGCGAACAUAAUCACCAAGAAAGUAAGCAACAACUGUUCAGCUGAAUCGUUCAAAUGGCCUUCUACUAAAACAAUCGACAAAAUUGCUCCUUCUUCAUCACCGCCAAUCAGCUCUAAGUCUCAUGCCAUUGAUAACAGUACAGCAUCCAAGAAAUUAGAAGCUAACCUGAAAAACAGAUUCUCAGCAAAGGCAUCAGCUAAUGAUGGUCUUACUGAUGACAAAACCCCAGUAAUCAUCAGCGUCAAGGCCAGCGACGCACAUCAACCACCACCAAAGGUGUACACCGCCAUCUGGGCCGACACCGACACCGACACCCUCAAAGCCCGGUUCGUCAGUACGAUGCAGCACUACCGCAGGAUGGCUUCGCACCGUCGCCGACGCCAUAGAAAGCAUGGCUCCAGUAGCAAGUGGAGCAUCAGCCCGGUGCUGGUUGCCGUCCUCCUGUUCGUCUCCAUGGCGCAGCUGAUGUUCACCUUCUGGAUGUACCGCAAGCUCCUGAAUCAAAGCUCAAAAGUAGACGGACAAUGAUAAAUCUAGCACCGCAACACUUCCUUGUACUGCUGCAAAUUUCCUACUUGGAUGAAAAAUAGAUUGCGUGUUCACUGUGUUUGUGUAGCACUGUAGCUACUGGACUAGUAACUAAUGAGCAAUACCCAAAACUUUGGCGGGAGAUGGUGAAUUUUGAAACAAUUUGGCGCCAACCAUUUCUAUGUGGCCAUUUACUCAUCGCAUCCUCUUCCGCUAAAGCCUAGCUCUCAGAUUUGGGAAGGAGAGCGAAAAUUGGGGGAAAUGAAAGGUGAUAGAGCGAGGAAGCAGCAGAAGAAGAAUUACCCAAGCAGAAUCCGAUCGGCCGGCGGUCAGACCACCCUCCAAUCUUUCCUCUUCAAAUCUAGCGUCGCCGAUGAGGAAGUGAGGCCUAUCUCGCCGCCGCCGCCGCCGGAGAAGGAGGAGCCGAUGUCGCCGCCGCAACCACCGAGGCGGGAGGUUAUCAGAGUCACUACCAAGGCGAUCGUCAAGGAGAAGGCGAGCGCGUUCUCGUCGGUGGGCUCCUCCUCGUCGGGGAAGAGCGGGGGCGGCGAGGCCAGCGGCGGGACCGCUCUGAUCGCCGCGGCGUUGUUCAAGCGGUUCAAUAGCUCGGUCCCGCAGCCGAGAGCAGAGGCCGCCUCCGCCAGUGCCGGCGUCGCGGAGGUCGCGGGUGACGGCGAUGGCGGCGUCCGGCUGGAGAUCGAGGAGAUUGCAGCAGGGGAUCGCUGCGAGAAGAAGAAGCGGAAGACCCUCCUCGACGCCGACGGCGAGCGGAGCGGCGGCGCCAAGCGCGUGGUGGUGCUCGGCGACGACCCGAAGCCGAGGCCCGCGGCGAGGAGGCGACCGCGGCGCGCGGGACCCCCCGGCCGCGGCGAGGGCGGCGACCAACCUCUCUACAACCACUACGCGAGCGGCGGCGGGUGGUGGCACGGCGAGAUGGAGGGGGUCGACGGCGAGGAGGUGGGGUGGACCGACGACAUGUGGGAGGGGAUGGGGUCCAUCACGCUCGGAGGCUUGGA